AUGUCAGCACCUAGUAAGAUAUCCUUACCUUAUACAUACUAUCUUAAUAAACUGACUUUGUGGAUUUCAAUAAUAGGAGGCGUUACAAUAGACGUCCUCAAGACAUUGCAUGCCCUUUGUAGAGUUGCUGGUAUUCGCUAUGCUAUUCUAGGGGGAGCUGCCUGUAUGGCCUUGGGAAGUACUCGUGCCACCCAAGAUGUGGACAUAGUGGUUGCAACUGGCCCCGAGAGUGGUCAAGACAUAGACUCGAAAAUCCGCACCCUUGUUGGACUGUCUGGAGGUCGCUUCUCAGCCCAUACUGACCAGUAUGGAAUACCGCACUUUCGACUUGAUGGUAUUGAGGUUGAAAUAUUUGAUCCUACUGUGUGGCCCCACCGGCCUCAAUACCGUCAAUUUCUGAGCAAUAACGGCUCUAUAUACAUUGGGGAUAAAGACGAAGGAUAUGUUGUUGUUGCACCACCAUUGUUAUUGCGCGAGAAGUUGAUCACUUUCGGGGAACGCAAGAAUAGGCCCAGCUCAGAUUUGCAGGAUAUUCAAUUUCUGAUGUGGUACUGCAGCGGGUUUGGAUACACUAUUGACUUGAGGGGUAAUGAUACAAUCAGCGCUAGUGCUCGGGCAGGUUUGUUGGAGUUUGCUAAUACAGGUGGACAGGUAUAUCCAGGCGUCGUGAUUCAGUAG